CUGCACGAUCGCUGGACAGUGUAAGUGUUGUUUUGCGUUCAGUUUCAAUAGACAAUGGUGGUGAUAACAGCAAGCGAUAGAAAAUGAUGCCUGAAACUUCCUUCCCAAAACUGAACGACGAAACAUUCCCGGCGAGUUUGCUGCUAGAUUUCGAUGAGCUAGAUGACGAUAUUCCCAUUAGCCCACCGCGAAUUCUUGAGCCGGCCAAUACAAACUCCGCUCCGGGUUCUCGGUCCCCUGUUACCACGUCCCAAACCUCAAACUCAUCUAGUGGAAACUACAGCCUGUCGACCGAAAACGAAAAUGGUAGUAAUUCGAGCAACUCCAGCAACUUGUUCGUUGAGUAUCGUCCUUUAUCAAGCAAACGAUCAUCAACGGCUCACAACUCAAUUAUGAGAAAUGGCGCCAAAACAUCUGGAAUGAAUCUGCCUUCUUCCAACUCUCAAAAAAGAGCAAAAUCGGAAGAAAAUCUCCUGAGUAGUGAAAUAACUUUUACGAAAACUGGUGUCGUUAGCAAGUCACAGAAGUAUGGACACGUGAAAAGUAAGGUAAAACAAUAUAUUGAUGAAACACUCAACCAACAUACGCGUCAUCCACUGGUUCGUCACAAAUCCAUGCCAGAACCCGUUAUUGAAAACAAGUUGGAGCAGAAAGAGGAAAUUCCAUUAGAACAUGAUGCCAACACCUUGCGGGCGAUGCUAAAGGAAACAUCUGACGAAGUUACUAACUUGCAACGACACUUGGAGUUUAGCGAGAUGCUACGGAAAGAUGACAUCGCGAAAAUUGAGCUCCUGAAGCGAAAGAUUGAGGCCAUGCGUUUAGAGCACUCGAUGCGCGAAAAGGAACGCCAACGUGAACGGGAGUCCGAAAAAGAGCUAGACCGGAAACUUGUUUUGGCAAAUUAUUUUCGGUACAGCAGUCAAAAUUCGCUGAACAGAGUGUUUGCAUCCGUUGGCACACAAACCAGCCCCGAAGCGUACGCUGCACUGAGCAAUUCCUUCAUCUUCAGUGACGAGAGCAUGGAUCGUGGAUUAGUUUCGAAUUUCACCUCCACUUCCGGUACAUCGUCACCGCUUAGGACGAAACGAGCCUUAACGUUCGUCGCCGAUUCACAGCCAGAACCAGGCGAAAUUGCAAAUGUUGAAAAUUUGAGCCCAGGUACGGUAACACACCCGAGCAGUUCGCCGGACUAUCCUCGGCUUUGUCCUACCGCCGUGGUGUACAAUCAACCGCCGCAGGACAACUCGGGAGAAAUCACGGAGCUUUUGAUACAGAAUAAACUUGAUUCGUGCCGGGAGUGCGGCAGAAAGAAUAAGAAAUCCAAAAGUAAGAAAACUCGGCUGGCCAGUUUUUUCUGUAUUAAAAAAGUUGACUAAUUUUGAAGUAGCAUUUGAAACAAAAUAUUAUAAAUAGAUGUUGAGAUGUGUAGGAUUUUUUAAACUUGGUUUAUAGUCCAAUUGAAUUUGAGUGUGUCUUUUGUGUGUUGUGAGUUUUGGUUUUAAGACUUGAAAAACAGUGUAAGAAUAAAAUUCCGUCAUGUCUUAUAA